AUGCUCUCUUUAAACAAAGCCAUCAAGCAAAGUGCUCCUCUGUUGCGCCGAACUUAUGCAGCCACUGCUCAGGUCAAUGAUGGCAUCCAACAAGGUGUAGCAUUCUCUCAUUUGCUAAAGAGAGAGCCUGAGGAGGCAUUUCGCUCUCCUGAACUGGCUCACAUGAGUGCUAAUAACAGUGAAACCAGAAAGAUGAACUUGUUUCAAGCAGUGAACGAUGCCAUGUCCAUUGCAUUGACCACAGAUGAGAGAGCUGUUGUAUUUGGCGAGGAUGUAUCAUUCGGUGGUGUGUUCAGAGCUACAUCCGGCCUCGCUGAACAAUUUGGUAGAGAUCGAGUAUUCAACACACCUCUUACAGAGCAAGGUAUUGCCGGUUUUGCUGUCGGUAUGGCCUCUGUAGGCCAUACAGCCAUUGCCGAGAUCCAGUUUGCCGAUUACAUCUUUCCUGCUUUUGAUCAGAUCGUCAAUGAAGCCGCCAAGUUCAGAUAUCGCUCCGGCAACCAGUUCAACGUAGGUGGUUUGACCAUUCGAUCACCUUCAUCUGCAGUGGGCCAUGGUGGUCAUUACCAUUCUCAAAGUCCUGAAGCCUUCUUUACGCAUGCUCCGGGAUUAAAGGUUGUUACACCCAGAAGUCCAAUCCAAGCCAAAGGUCUACUCUUAGCAUCCAUACGUGACAGAAAUCCAGUCAUCUUUUUCGAGCCCAAAAUCCUAUACCGUGCUGCUGUGGAGGAAGUACCUGUUGCAGAUUAUGAGUUGCCUUUGGGCAAAGCUGAAGUAAUCAAGAAGGGUAAAGAUGUCACGAUUGUCGGCUAUGGCUCUCAGAUCUACACACUCGAGAACGCAAUACAGUUGGCCGAAAAGAAGAUGCCUGGCCUAAGUUGUGAACUCAUUGAUUUACGUACCAUCAUGCCCUGGGAUGUUGAAACUGUUGUUGAAUCAGUCAAGAAGACGGGUAGAUUAGUGGUCGCUCAUGAGGCUCCUAAAACGGCCGGUGUGGGUGCUGAGGUUGCUGCUACCGUCAUGGAGCAUUGCUUCUUGAACUUGGAGGCACCUGUUCAGCGAGUUUGUGGUUGGGAUACACCUUUCCCUCUCGUGUUUGAAAAGUUUUAUGUUCCCAGUAUGAUUAGAUGUUAUGAUGCCAUUAAAACUGCCGUCAACUAUUAG